CUAUAGAUAACUUGGAUUUCUUCAAUGUUGAUAAUAAUUUUGGUGUGAAUAAUAAUAAGAGUUUUAUGAAUGUCAACAUGAACUAUAAUAAAAGUUUUAUAAGUGUUGACAUGACUGAUAAUAAGAUCUCUGAAGAUUUUUACAAUGAUGAAAGGAUGGAUGAUAACAAUAAAUCAGAAUUAGGUGAUCAUGAAGAACAUGAAAAAAAUAUAAGAUUUGCCUAUCCAUUAGUCAAAAGUCAGGUUUUCGAGUCUUGGAAAGCUAUUGACUAUGAAAAUGACAAAUCUGAUGAGACACCUUGGCGGCAUGUCUAUAUGUGUACAAAAGGACAGAGAUAUAUGCCACAUAAAGAAGCACAUAUACUUGUGGAAAUUAAUAACCAAAUCCGCAUUUCAAGUAUUGUCAGUACACAUAAUCAUGAAAUGAUUCAAAAUAUUACUAUGGUUGAAUCAAGAUAUAGUAGAUUAACAAAGGAGAUGAAGGAUAAUGUUAGAUUGCUCACGUCUUGUAGUUUUAGAGCUGGUUCAAUUAUCGAGGUUCUACAACAAAAAAAUCCUGAAAAAUACAUUCAUGCUCGUAAUAUAGCCAAUGAAGUAUCAACUGGAAUGUUUACUAAUAAUAUGUUUGAUGCAUUCAUCAUUGAACUAGAAGAACUAAUUAGUGACUUAGACCAUAAACAUAUUUACAAAAUUUGGAAAGUUUCAUCUAUCGAUGCAAAGAGCUAG